CAAAAUGGCUGACGCCAAUAAUUAAGAAAAUACGUUCAUGUAAACAUCAAAAGCAGCGUUGAAAAUGAGUUCAAAUAAGGAAUCCGUAGAAAGGGGAGUGAAAAAUGAAGCAGUUCCCUCUGCUGGUGUACAAGAAAGGGCCGAUUUAUCGGAUAUUGGGCAGCCAACUACAGAAGCUGUUCCACCAAGUGUGAUUGAACUAUGUCAAGAAACAUUUCAAAAGACUGCCGAAUACGUUCAAGGGGAAUUGGAAGGAACAAUAGAAGACUAUAGACUUCUUGAAAAAAUGAAUAAAGUGACUGUUGGGAAGUAUUCAGAAAUGAAGAAUAUUGCAACCAGCAUAGAAUCGGCUUUGAGGGAUUUAAAUGUGAAAUAUAGGAGUCUUCAACCUUACUUAGAACAGAUUGAUCAAAUAGAGGACAGUGUUGCGUCUUUGGAGCAAGCAGCGUAUAGUUUAGACCAUUACUCUAAAAGACUGGAAGCUAAAUUCAAAGCAUUGGAAAAGAAAGGCCCCUAACAAAUGAAAGCAUUUUACUUACUUGUUAUUAUUUUUUAUUUGCGUGUUAUUAAUUAAAUGUUAUUGUAUUUAUCUAUUGUGUUUUUUUCUCUCUUUGAUAAACCACUUUUAGAUGACAUGUCGAUUCUUACACACCCGGUAUUGGUAUUGAUAUUAUUACAUUGUACGUGGAAAUAUUCUAUGCAGUAUAUUAUGAGGGGCUUCUUUUUGUUUUUAUGGGGGAUAACUCCUACUAGCUAUCUACCACGAAAAAAGAGUCCUGUAAUGUGGUCUGUAAUUUGUAAUGCCUGUGGUGGUUUUUCUGUAAAUGCUCAAUUUCAUAAUUAUUAUCAAUUAGUUACAUGUAUAUAUAACUGUAUUUCAUGUUGCUAUUAUACAAUUAAAACUGCUAUUCGACGUUUACAAUGCUUUGUGGCCCAGAAAGCAUUAGUGCAAUUGUGAAUACAAUAUUACAAAAUACGGCGUUAAUAGUAACAGUUAUUUAUUCUAUCUUAAAACAAAUGCUUUUUGUGUAUGAUUUUAUUAGAUCACCGGUUCUUACCCGUAGUACUCAAUCGUAUGAAAUAAAUCGAAAUUGAAAUAA